CGCACCGGUUUACAGGCGACCUCAGUGGCGCUGCUGUGACAGAACAGUUUGCAAUGGACGCGUCUGCACCGGAACCGAGGACCGCUGAGGUUUGUGAGGUGGAGGAGGCAGAAGAAGCUGGAAGCUUGAGGAGAAGUAGUAAAUCGUCAGUUCCCAUUUAAUUCCUGCCUUUACGCAGGGUGGAGAGGCAGAGCGAUCCGCCGCCUGACAGUAAUCCUCUGGCCGGGAGGAGCAGGGAAAGCCCUUUCAAGGCUGAGGCAGAGUGAGGGAGGGAGAGUUUUAAGUCGGACGGGGAACGAGAGAGUUGUCAUAUUCGGAGCUUUUGCCCUGCCACUCGAGGUUUAACUGAUCUGCUCCAGAGCCCGGGGCGACUCUCAUUCAAGCUUCUGGGAAUUAACUUCGCACCAUGAGCGGACCGACGGACGCAGUUCAGUACCAGUCGAGCCUCUAUGGAGGAAACAGCAGCAGCAGCUCUCCCGUCUCCAGCCGUGGAAAUUCACCCAUCGUGUGUGAGCGCUGUGGGGAAGUUUGUCGUGGGGAGGUGGUGCGUGUGAAGAACACACACUUUCACGUUAACUGCUUCACUUGCAAAGUGUGCGGCUGUGACUUGGUCCACGCGGGUUUCUUCCACCAUUCUGGUGAGUACAUCUGUACAAAGGACUACCAGCGGCUCUACGGGACCCAGUGUGACAGCUGUAACCAGUACAUCACCGGAGAGGUGGUGUCUGCCCUGGGGAGAACGUACCAUCCAGACUGCUUUGUCUGCAGCAUCUGCAAAAGCCCAUUUCCAAUUGGAGACAGAGUGACCUUCUGUGGGAAAAAGUGUGUGUGUCAGCAGUGUUCACUUUCUCUGAACAGCGACAAGCCCGUCAAGGUCCACGGACCAAGCUACUGUGCCGGCUGCGGUGAGGAGAUCAAACAGGGUCAGUCUCUGCUGGCUUUGGAGAGACAGUGGCACGUCAGUUGUUUUAAAUGCCGAACAUGCGGCUGCGCCCUCACUGGAGAGUACAUCAGCAAAGAUGGGAUACCUUACUGUGAGACUGACUACCACAGUCAGUUUGGGAUCAGGUGUGAGAGCUGUAACAGGUACAUCAGUGGCAAAGUACUUGAGGCUGGAGGAAAACACUACCACCCCAGCUGUGCGAGAUGUGCCCGCUGUCACAUGAUGUUCCUAGAAGGAGAAGAAAUGUACCUGACAGGUUCAGAGGUUUGGCACCCCAUGUGUAAAGAAGCAGCUCGGCUGGAGAGGAAACUGAGGCUGAGACGUACCUCUGAGACAGCAUCCAUUUCUCCUCCAGGCUCCUCUCCUCUCCUUGGCUCUCCUCACCGGCUCAUCUGUGCUAAGGGUGAUGGGGAUGUUUUGGAAUAUAAGCAGCUGGCAGCACUUCCCAGGGUUAAAGCCAUAUAUGACAUUCAGCGGCCCGACAUUAUUCCUUAUCAGGCCGACCAUGCACAGACGCACCUCUCAGGUGACACUUUGGAGAGAUGCAACCGUAGGCAGUCAUUGGGCUCCUUAUCACCAUACUCUCAUGAUCUCUUGGAUGGCAUGGAGUUAAGAACAAGACGUUCCUCCAGCUCCCCCUAUACCGACUCACCUGCACACAGUCGUCACGGAGGCUCCCCACUGCAUUAUUAUGUCCCUGGCAGUGAAAGUGGCAGGAGUUCUCCUUAUUAUAGUCAGCCAGAGCCCAGGUGUGCUACACCCACCAACACCUUCCAAGCCCCCAAGCAUUUCCAUGUGCCAGCUUCUGAGGAAACCAACAUCUAUAGAAAACCACCCAUCUACAAGAGACAAGAAAUAUCAGCCUCUCCAACAGCCAAUAAGAGUAGGACCAAUGACAAUCUCACCAAUUCCAAUCGCCUUUCCACCUCAAACUGUAACAGCAUUUAUCACCCGAACUCCAACUACUACCCAUAUACCGGCUCUCCAAAAGUCUCCAGGGUGAGGAGGUUUUCAUCUGGAGGAGAGGAGGAUGGACUGAAUCAUAAUAUAAACAGGGGAAUUGGCAGAUUGAUCCUGAAGGAGGAGAUGAAGGCACGAGCAGGUUGUCACGACAAUGACCAGUGGGGUAGCAGACACAGCUCCCGCUGUAGCAGCAAGGAGGCGCUGAGCAAUCUGGGAUACAGCUCCCUUAAUGGCUCUCCCAGGUCCCUCUGCAGCGCUGACAGCGACUCCUACAUUGCCAAAUCAGCCUCGUUGCCAGGCUACGGCAGAAAUGCACUGAACAGGCCUGGGAGUGUUGGUGGAGAUUAUUACCAGUAUGACAGCAGUAAUGCAGUUAAUUGGCAGAUAAGAGAAUACAAGAUCUACCCAUAUGAAGCCCUUGUGGUGUCAGUCAGAGGGCAGCAGCGCCUCCCCAGUGAUGUGGACCGAGCCAGACUAGAGCGUCAUCUCUCCCCAGAGGAGUUUUAUAGAGUCUUCGGCAUGUCCAUGUCUGCCUUUGACCGUCUUGCUCAGUGGAAACAAAAUGAAAUGAAGAAACAGGUCAGACUCUUCUGAGAAAAGUCAACAGAUUCUUUCACUGAACCCAGCUUGAGUUCAUGGCUCAGUGGAAGAAGAACUGAACAAAAUAAGAAUGCAGAAGAGAGAUGUUCUUGGCUUGUUGUAGCUGCUGUGUGUUCGGACUUCUUAAGCAAUGUUUGUGAAGUUUGCCAAGUGGGCAAAAUUGAGGAAAAAUCCCCACCAAGAAGGGAAGACUGAGUGGUAGAAGACUAAAAGAGGAGCAGAGAGCUUCACUGGAGCUACAACGGGUUGCUUGUGCCUCUCCUACCAGCAGAUGGCAGUGUGUUUACACGAGCGUUAGAGUUUUUGUCUGAACUACUGAUGUGCUUUUUAAGAAACUCCAGGUCUGCCAAAAAACGUGCAUUCUUAUGAAGUAUGUCAGCUGUUUGGAAGAUGGUAUAAAGAAUCUAGUUUUAGGGGGUGAGAGUUGCUGCAGAGUCUGAUAAACUGUGUGAUUCUCAGCAUUGGGGUUACUGAACAUGGUGUAUAAAUAAUGUGUUUUUAUAAUGUGCACAUCUUGAAAACCAAAGGUUUUCGUCUACAUUUUUCAAACAACAUGUUUGAUUUUUGAUGUCAGUAUUUCUGAAGCCAUAUUACAAACUUCUUUUCUACACGUGCAAGCAGACUGGACAGUCCAUCGACGUUUACUUUGAAAUGACAUUUGACAUAAAUGAGCUGCGUCAUGGCUCAGAGCUGGAAGGUGUUAGUUUAGAAGUGGGGGUUUAGUACUAUACACUUUAAAAUAAGAUGUUUGCGUUUCACUUAUAUAUGGAAAUCCAAGUUUUUUGUUCGUAUUUGCACUUAUUCUCAAGAAACAAGCCCGAAUUUCAGAUGCUGGACUACAGUUGAAACACUGUUUUUCUGACGUGUAGUGUACGUGUGAGGGUGUGAGUGUAUGACUGAUGAUAGUAAACAGUUAAUCAAGGAAUUUUUUUUUAUUAAUAUGUAAAAGCCAUCUGAAUAAAGUGAAGAACUCUGAAUAUAAGGAAUGCCAAGAAAGGAAAUAUUGAAGGAAGAAAUGUACAAAAAAUAUGAAGUAAAGGUUUGUGUUUGUGAUUAACAGAUGCAAUAUGUAGUGUCUGAGCUUAAAGGGGUCUAAUUAAAACAAAAGGCACUGGAUAGUUGUUGCAAAGAAUGACUCAAGUUUGUUUUAACUGGCUGUAAAAGGUGAAAUAAUGCCAUUGAACCAAGUGGAGGGUUUUUGUGUUUACAGGCUGCAACAAUUAAUCACAUAUACAACGUUUGCCUUUUUGUUUAUUGGAGUUUUCAUUUACAGCCUAAUGUCUUUCACUGCUACUCUUAAAUAAAUGAUGCACUGAUUUA